AUGUCAGCACUCACAUCAAGAAUCGCCGCCCUCACCCGGUGCCUGGCAACCACCACCGCCACAUCCAACCUCACCCGGGCCGCCUUCACGACGGCCACCCGCUACCAAAAAUCCGCCGUCGAGUCCGCCAAGGACACGCUCAAAACCGUCGACCGCAAGGUCGCAGACAAGCUGGUAGACGGCAUCGACAUUGGAACCGCAUACGCCAGCAAGGUUAAAGAAGCCGCCACCCAGACCACCGAGGGCAAGGCGUCCGCAGUCGCCAGCAAGAUCAAGGAAGCCACCUCCGAGGUCAGCGCGGGCAAGGUCACGGGCAAGGCGGCCGAGUUGCGCGGCGAGGUGCAGGGCAAGGCAAGCGAGGUCGCGGGCGAGGCCAAGGGCAAGGCGAGUGAGUUGGCGGGUGAAGCCAAGGGCAAGACCAGCGAGAUGAUGGGCGAGGCCAAGGGGAUGGCUGGGGAGGCGAAGGGGAAAGCGAAGGAGGUAAAGGGAACUGUGGAGGAGAAGAUGUCUUGA